AUGUUCUCGUUUUUGCUCUUUUUCGGACUCUUCGCCUUUACCCAGCAAUUCAGCAAUCAGGAGGCUACCGUUACUGGAAACAUUUUGUGCAAGAACCAACCGAUCAGGGAGAACACGACGGUCACAAUCUGGGACGAUGAUUUCAUUGGAGACGACGAGUUGAACUCAACGAUGACAGACAACAAUGGCUUCUUCUACCUCUACGGCCAAGAGUUCGUCUACUUCUCCUUCCAGCCAUUCAUCUCCCUUCGCCAUGGCUGUGGACCAGUGUCACUGUGCCAGUGCGGGAAGAGAUGCGAGUACGAGACGCGCAUCUGGAUCCCCUCGACAGCUCCUGGAGAGACGCACCACAUGGGAAAGAUUCGAUUGGAUAGACUUCCAGCCGUUAAUGCCACUGUUAUCACCACCGCAUCUUGUCUAGCG